AUGGCGUCUUCCUCCUCUACACCUGUCUCAGACGAGACAACGAGUUACCGCAAAAUGGAUGACCACAACGAUGCGACCUUAAGCUGCAACAAGACUUUUUGUCAAGAGCACCGCACCGAAGACUCGCACAAAUGCGCCAAUCCCGGGGCUUGGGCACGACGACGGCGCGAGGCUGAGCUGGCGAAAUCGAGCAUCGGCGCUGGAAAACAACUACAGUACCGAGUAUCUACGAAACCCUGCGAUUCACCAUCGUGCUCCACGACCGUAGGAACGGCGAGGAACCCUGGCGUGCAUUGCCAAACCUGUCGAAGAGAUUAUUGCCACACGCAUCGACUAAAAGAAGACCACAACUGCAAGAAUCUUAUACCAAUAGGCGCGCGGCCUGCACUUUCGCAGGUUGACGUCGCGGAAAGGACCAGGGGUGCUUUCGCCAAGUUGCGAGCUUGGGGCAGUGCUAGGAAGGAGGAAAUGGGCAGAGCACUUCCAAAGCCGAAACCUACCUCGGCCGCCCAAAGACUCGUCGCUGUAAACAACCUCAAAAAGACUGCCAAGGGAGACGACAAGUUGGCACCGGAGAAGAGAGUGUAUCUUUAUGUGGAAGCCGAGGCCGAGACAGCCAAAGCAAAAUAUCCCAAGGGAGCCUUUUUCUACAGUAAGGACUGGGUGGUUGGACGAGUGUUGGAUGCUGCUGCGAAGAGUCUGCAGGUGGAAAACGUCAACAACCAGUCAUCGAAGGAAAGCGACAAGUUGAGGGUGUUCCACGUUGAAGGAGGACGUCUGUUAGAGUUCAACGAGAAAGUGGGAGCCUCGCUUGUCAGUGGCAACACUAUUGUUCUGCUCAGGGGUGUAGGACCCCCACCGGAUCUCAUCGAUCUGUAG